AUGAGGAUAACUUAUCAACAACGUCUUCUACUGAGGAACCUUUCGCACUUCAUCCAUAAAAUCCCCUCGAAUCUCACCACCGUCUAAUUGCAAAGAUGUCGCAGUCACAGUCGGGCGGCUUCAACCAAUAUGCCUCGGGAUAUGCUGCAGGCGACGCAUCUGGCGGACCGACCGUACAAUAUGUCUGUGGUGAAUGCGCCGCGAAAGUCAGUCUGGGAAGAGGCGACGCGAUAAGAUGUAGCACUUGUGGACACCGAGUUCUUUACAAGGAGCGAACCAAGAGAAUGGUACAAUUUGAAGCGCGAUGAUUCUGCCCGCGGCCGACGAAAUGAUCGACUAGUUUAAGAGCACUACGAUUCAAAUACCUCUAUUUUCAUCAGGCAUAGCGACGGCGUUUGUUACUGUUGG